ACCAUUUGAUUUAUGAAGCAGUAGCCGUCUUCUUUAUGGUGGUACUCUCACAUCGUUUUCUUCAACUUUGACCUUGAAGUAAGCUCCAAGACGUGGCUAAACUACAGAAGGAAGAUGGAGCAGUCAUCCAGUCAGCUUACGUUGUGUUUUAUAGUAGCUACAACUCUAAUUUUCUGCACUCAAGGUACAUCCAAUCAACUUGCUCCAUAUUUCAUCAAAGAACCGUCAUCUACUAUAGCACAGAAAAACAAACCUCUUAUACUAGAUUGUAAAGUAAAUGGAAACCCCAAACCGCGCAUUAAAUGGAAACGUAAUGGGAUAGAGAUCAAACCUGAUGAUAGACGGUCAAUUCUUCCUGAUGGUUCACUGCAUUUUAAAACUAUAACUCACACUAAAACAAACAGACCUGACGAAGGUCUCUAUCAGUGCACUGCCACUUCUCAGAUAGGAAGUCAGGAUUAUAUAAUAGCAAGCCGAACUAUACAACUUCAAGUCGCUGGAAUGUCAUCAAAAAUUACUAUCCAACCAGCUUCUCUUCAAGUGUUCUAUGGAGAUAUGGCAAGACUGCUAUGUAAUGUCAGACAUUCUGUACCCAAUGCAGAGUUUACAUGGACAUUUAAGCAUAAAGAUGGCACUGUUAGUCCAGUACUGCUCAGUCGUAAACAUACUAUGAUAAAUACUGGAGUAUUACAGAUUGGUAACGUGCAGUCAAGUGAUGCUGGAGAAUAUAGCUGUACAGCAAAGAAUAAACUUGCACAAAGAUCCCACACUAGCAGUUAUAUACCACUGGGUCUUAAAACAGACACAGGUGUCAACAGAAAACCAGACUUUAUUGCUAAGCCAUCAGAUGCAAAUACKACUAAGGGGRGUAAUGUAACGUUAGAAUGUGCAGCCACAGGGAACCCAACACCUAAAGUACAAUGGUAUAAAGACUCCAAAGUAAUAUCAUAUGACGACAGAGUAAAGCGCUAUGGCGUUAAUAAUUUGAUGAUCACUAAUAUCUCUACAAGUGAUGAGGGAGUUUAUGAAUGUAAAAUUUCAUCAGGAAGUUUAUCAAAGUCUGCAAGUGCCAAACUGCUUGUUCAUUACCCUCCAAGCUUUAYAACAAAACCUAAAGACAUAAAUGCUCAUGUCAAUACUGAUGUGAAGUUUAAUUGUAUUGCCGUUGGUAACCCAUCCCCCAGUAUUUCAUGGCUSAAGAAUGGGAUUCUGGUUUCUGAAUCAGAUUAUAUGACCAUCACCAGUACCUCACUGGARGUAGCAUCCAUUCUAACACUGGAUACUGGUAUCUAUCAAUGUAUAGCUAAGAACUACUUGGCUGAGAUACAGUCUUCUGCUAAACUUGCUGUCUUUAAUUCAGAUAUACCUCUUCCUACGCCAGAACGUACUACACAAACUCAUGCACCACAAACUACAACAGCUACCACAACUAAACCACCCACGACUACCAGUAUACCUUCAACAACACAGAAAAUCACUACUACRAAGAAAUUUGACUCAGUGCUUGGCAAACCAAAAAAUGUCAAGUGUCAUACAAAGUCAGAGACAGAGAUUGUAUUAACAUGGRACCCUCCAGACAAUGGCAAAGGCAAGAUACAGGAAUACAAGAUUUUUUUUAGCUAUAAUAGCCAAUCAGGUACUAAAAAUGACAUGAAGGCCACUAAUGGUGAUGUUUAUAAAAUUGUCCUUCAAAACCUUCAAAAAGACACAAAAUACACAUUUAUGGUAUUUGCAAGAAAUACCSAGGGCACUUCUGGGUUAAUUUCUCAAAAAGCAUAUUGUUGGACUGCUUCAAAGUCUCGUCCUGGAGUCCCUGCUUCUCUUACUACUGAUAGUACAUCAUCAUCACAAAUCAAAGUACAAUGGGCUCAGCCAACUACUGGGACUACUGUGAAAGAGUAUCUAAUACAGUACAAGGAAGCUGGCGAUGGUAUCAAUAACACCUUAUACUCUGUAACAACUCGCAAGCAYAAAACCCUUAAAGGCCUAAAAACAUUCACCACCUACAAAAUAUGGGUGUAUUCUGUUGACAAUGUUGGCAAGCGCAGUCAUCCCGCUUACACAGUAGCUACAACUCUUGGAGGGGUUCCUAAGGGUAAACCAUUGGAUGUUACUGUCAUUGGUGAUGGUAGUGGCACGGCAUUGAUUGUUACCUGGAAACCAAUACAGUUUGACCUCAUUAAUAGUGGUAUUACCAACUAUUUACUGGAAUAUAGGAAACCAAUGGAUAAAAAACCAAAACAAAUAUAUGUACAGGUACAAAACUGGACAGACCAAUCACUAGGUGAUGUKUUGAAACRCAAGCUGACAARUCUUGAUAAAAAUACUGUUUAUGAGGUUAGAGUUGCUGCUGGAAGUGCCUCAGGUUAUGGUGAUUACUCAAAAUGGACUUCUGCUAACACCAGCAUCACAAAAUGCUCAGAGCAACAAAGACCAGGGCAACCCACAAAUCUGGAGUUAUCAACACCUGUCCAAGGUUUGCCUAAGAUUAAAGUACAAUGGCAGCCUCCAGUAGACGUGAGUCAGUGGUGUGUUACUGGAUACUCACUGGAAUAUGGUGAAGGUGUACCAGUCAGUCCUAAGAUAAAACUCAAUGCAUCGACUAGAGUCUAUCUUAUUGAAAAGGGAAUACAUGCYGGACGAGAGUAUGUUGUCAAGUUAGAAGCUGUAAACAGCAAGAAUCACAAUGGCAAAAAUGUACAGAAAGCUAUCAAAAUACCACCAGUCAUUCAGGUGUCAAGAAAACCAGUCAAACAUCUUCGUGCAAUUCCAUUGUCUUCAACUGUGGUCCAAGUGAGCUGGGCUGAGUUUAGYCUACAAAGGCCAUACCUGUAUCAUAUAUUUUAUUCUGUUAAGAAGACCAUGGUGUAUUGUGGGAAUACUACCCAACUGUCAAUCAAUUGUGCUGGAUUACAGCCCUACACCUUUUACACUUUUAUUGUAAGGAGAUUCAAUGAGAAAACCAAUGCUACUGCAUACAACAAGACAUUGGAAGAUAAACCCAAUCCACCAUUGGAUAUAACUGGUCGUCUAACAGAAGAUAACAGCAGUGAUCUGGUGCUAAGCUGGCAACCCCCAGAGAAAAUAAACGGCAAAAUCUUAAAAUAUCGGAUAUUCUACACAAGGAAUACUAGCCUACCAAACAGAUCAUGGAAAAAACAUGAAGUCAAAGGCAAUUCAUUGAACACACGAAUUACAAACCUACAACCWGGUGUUAAGUACUAUUUUAAAAUGAAAGUWCAAAAUGGUGCAGGAUGGAGUGACUUCUCUAAAAUAGAGAUGGUUCCUACCUAUGACACUUCGAAUUCAGGAGGAAAUGGUAGUAAAGGUGGAGACCAAGGAAAUGCCAACGCACAAGCUGGAGAAAGUUCUGGUCUUAAAGACAAAACCCUGUGGAUUGUGAUAGCUGCUGUAGCUGGCGUUACUCUCAUUGCUAUAAUUGUAAUCAGCGUUGUGUUAUGUAAGAAACGAUCUGGAGAGGAUUCAAGUCUCAGAAAGCCGCCACCUUCCUACAAAGCAGCUGUGACCGCCAAUGGAUCCGCUAAGAAGAAAAACAAAGACGACAAGCGACCCGACCUGUGGAUCAACCAUUCCGAUAAUGUUGAGAUGAAACCACUAUUUAAGACUAACCAUGAUGCCACUAACAUACCAAGGAGCUCGACGGAGAUGAAACCACUGGACGACCAUCCAAUUGAUAAGAUUAAAGUAGACCACGAACGAUCUUCCUUCCGYAAAGGAAGUCAAGACCAAGAUUCCUUACCACCACCCCCACCGCAGUUGUUAGACGACGAUGAUGUAGAUGUACCCUCUCCUAUUGCUAUUCCAAACUAUUCACCUUAUCGACCGGUCGUAAGCUAUCCCAGGAAUGUCGCMCCUGAUGAUGGUACAGCUCAAUUAUCGUACCCAGAUUACCCAGUAACAAGUACCCCAAAACAUAUGAAUACAAUGCCUCGUGAAUCGUUAGACAACGAACCCAAUCAUACCACCCCAUUAUUACGAUCGCACUCAGACGACAUCGACCACACUCCGACCAGUCAGACCCCUAUUCCUAUAUAUGCUGUACCGAAUCCAAAGAACAAAUCGCGGCCACCAAAAGACGAGCCGAGGUAUAAAUCACCCCCUCCUCCCAAAGCUAUGACCAAUGAUCCACCGCCAGUAGGGUAUAGUAUACCUAAUGGUCGUCCACAUACGAAGGAUGUUGUCGCAGACUUGGACAGCCAGCUUGCAGGCCUUGAAGGGCUCAUGAAAGACUUGAAUGAAAUAACUAGCAGCAAAGAAUAUUUAACAUAACAACACUAAAAAUAAAUAACAAUAUAAGAGGAGUCAGCGGUCUUCUACGGAGAUCAAAACUCAGACGAGGAAGUACAGCAUACUCCAAUGUAGAACUCAACCCACAUCCAAAUAAUGAUCCGAGAGGGAAUGGGUCUCAAGAUGAUCCUCUCUAGGAAGGGGGUGUCAUCAAACGAGCAGCAAAUAGUAAAUUAAUAUAAAACGCAGUAAUACGCAUUAGCUAAGAUGCAAACAUAAAAUAUACCUAUUUUUUUAUAGGACGCGAAUUAGAAAGCAGUCAUUGACUGACGGGGAAUGUCUUCUUUCAGGAGCGUAACUAGAAUUUGUCAUUGUGGAGGAGGUGGGUUUCUUUUGAGAACCACGGGUAAAGCUACUAACUGAUUUAGUUGACUCAUCUUCACACCGUAUCAACGCUCAGAUUGUUAUAGUUAUUUCAGUUUUGUCCCUGAAACUAGAGUCACAGGCACCCUGUUAAUCCCCUAUAUAGGUCUCUGACUUACAUAACAUUUUGAUAAAGAAAAGCACUAAGAACUCAAAACCUGCCAGUAUUUUAAAAAAGUCAAAUAUUUUUGAAAAAUGCUAUAGGUAAGCAUUAAGCUCUCUUCAGUUUUACUCUCUUUCUGUGAUGGUAAAUCGCGUUUUAGUGAACGAAAGGGAUUACAGGGUCAUCAAAAUCAGUAUAUAUAUUUUACAUUGUAGAUGAUAUUUCAGUACAUCUUUUAGUAGCGUUUUGAAAAAUCUUUUAAUGUUAAGGAAUAUCGCGGGUUUGUACCGAAAAUAAAUAUAAAAAUAUAGCAUAUAAAUAAAGCAUAUUUUGCUUAUAUCUUUCAGUGGAAAUUACUCACAAUUUAUCCUUACAUGACUUUUACAGAACUUUCGCAAAACGAUGUGCAUUUCUAAAAUGUCGCGGUAGCAAUCUAGUCGGUUCUUAAUUUUAAGAAACUAGCUUUGUAUUAUAAUAAUAUAUAUAUAUAUAUUUAGAAAAUAAAGCUUACAUAGAAUCAGUUUA